ACAUUUUACUUGUAAAAAAUGGAGCCAUGGCAAGACCUUAGUGGAAAAGUAGUAAUGGUGACGGGUGCGUCAUCAGGAAUCGGGCUAGAGUUCUGUAUCAACUUAGCCAAAGCCGGUUGCAAAAUCAUUGCUGCUGCUCGUCGUGUUGACAGACUGAAAUCUCUCUGUGACCAAAUUAAUAGUAAUUCAAACGGACCUCAACGUGCAAUCGCUGUUGAGCUUGAUGUCUCUGCUGAUAGUACUACCAUUGAGUCUGCUGUUCAAAUAGCUUGGGAUGCAUUUGGACGUAUUGAUGUCUUGAUUAACAACGCCGGUGUUAGAGGGAGUGUGAGCUCUUCAGUGGAAAUGACAGAGGAGGAAUGGAACAAUACAUAUAACACAAAUCUAAGAGGGGCAUGGAUGGUUUCGAAAUAUGUUUGUAAGCAUAUGAUCGAUGCUAAACAGGGCGGAGGAUCUGUUAUUAAUAUCACUUCAAUGGCUGGUUUAAAUCGUAUAGCAGUACCGGGUACUAUUGCUUAUGGUACUUCAAAGAUGGCUCUAGACAUGGUCACUAAGAUUAUGGCGAUUGAAUUGGGUGGAGAGAAUAUCAGAGUGAACUCGAUAUCACCAGGAGUUGUCAAAUCAGAGAUAACAGAGGACCUUGUUAAAAAUAAAUGGUUCCAUAAGUUCCUUUUGAGAACUCUUCCUCUGAAAUAUCUUGGAACUAAUGAUCCGGCUUUAACAUCACUUAUUCGAUACUUAAUGCAUGAUUCCUCUGAAUAUAUAACAGGCAAUGUUUUCAUCGUCGAUGCUGGUGCUACCUUACCGGGUGUUCCUAUUUUCUCAUCGCUCUAGCAAGAACUUAGCUCAUGAAGUUCAACAAGAAAUGGACAUGUAAGAGAAAUACUGUAAUAAUGUUGGUUUUUUCUCCUUUAUUGUAUGUUGAAUUCUCGAAGCAAUCGAAAAUGUUUCUUAAUA